AUGAAGGCUCCCGAAACACCACGUUAUGAAUUUGGUGGCCCUCUCGGCGCCACCGGUAUCGUCUUCGGCCUUCCUAUCCUCAUGCAGGUCCUUUAUCUAGGCUGUAACGACGUCUCGGGCUGUCCUGCGCCUGCUCUGUUGGAGCCCCGUACAUUAUCAUGGCAAAAGCUCAAGUCGCAAAUUCCCUGGCCUGCGGAUGGCAUCUCGGGUUUCAUGAGCUGGGAGGUCACUGGGUGGCUUUUUGCUUACUACUUCCUUAGUAUUGUGCUUUACCGUGUGCUUCCAGCUGAGCAUGUUCUUGGUACCAAGCUGCGUGAAUCAGGUCGGCCUCUUGAGUAUCGCUUCAAUGCAUUCUCAGCUACUGUCGUUCAAUUGACCGCUUGUGCUGUUGGCACUUACAUCUACGGAGCUGAAUUCCCAGUUUGGACCUUCAUUACCAACAACUACUUGCAACUUCUCACCACAAGCACCGUCCUCACCUACGUCAUCUCCAUCUGGACUUAUAUCCGCAGCUUCAGCGUCAAAUCAGGCAACCCCGAAUUGCGUGAAUUAGCCGUGGGAGGUCAUACCGGCCGUCUUAUUUAUGACUUCUUCAUCGGCCGUGAGCUGAACCCUCGUGUCACGCUCCCGUUCUUUGGCGAGAUCGAUGUCAAGGCGUGGCUGGAGAUGCGACCUGGUCUUACUGGUUGGGUGUUGCUGAACUGCUCCUUCAUCGCCAAGCAGUAUCGCACUUACGGUUACGUGUCGGAUAGUAUCCUGGUCAUUGCAUUUGUUCAGGCCUACUAUGUUCUCGAAGGCCAAUACUCUGAGGCCGGACUAUUGAGUAUGAUGGAUAUCACUACUGAUGGCCUUGGUUUUAUGCUUGUCUGGGGCGAUAUCGUCUGGGUCCCGUUUCUGUACACAACCCAGUGCCGUUACCUGUCUGUCUACCCUGUUCACCUAGGACCUCUCGGUGUCACAGCCAUCGGCACCGUCUUCGCCAUCGGACUGUACAUCUUCCGAUCAUCCAACAACCAAAAGGCCCUAUUCCGCAAAGAUCCCAACAACCCUGCUUUCGCGAACGCGACCUUUAUCCAAACAAAGCGAGGAACCAAGCUUUUGACCAGCGGCUGGUGGGGAAUGGCCCGUCACAUCAACUACCUCGGUGACUGGAUCCAGUCUCUCCCUUUUUGCCUGCCUACUAAGCUCGCAGGAUAUGUCAUUCUCCCUGCUGGUAGCGCUGUAGCUGGUGCUGGUGUUGCUAAGAUGCUCGACGGUAGAUUGGUGACUCCUAGUGAUGGUGCGCCUUGGGGAAUGCUGUUUACAUACCUGUACUCAGCUUGGUUUGGAUUCCUGCUUAUCCAUCGUGAGGGAAGAGAUGAUUAUGCCUGUGCUGAGAAGUAUGGAGAGGAUUGGGAGGAGUAUAAGAACAAGGUCAGAUGGAGACUGCUGCCGGGAGUGUACUAA